AUGGCCAUGGCAUCUGGUUCAAGUAGCACUCUACAUCCACUCGGAGGCCUUCAACGUGGCAAAGCGUGCAUUGCAUGCAGACGUCGAAAAGUCAGGUGCGAUGGUGCCCGACCGACGUGUGGUCAAUGCGUCCGUGGUAACAGGCCCGCCGACUGCGAAUACACGGAUGGCCAGGGCCGGUCUCGGACACACAUGCUGGAACAAGAAGUUGCACGUCUUCAAGCUCGAAUACAAGAACUCGAGCAUCCUGAGCACACUACGCCUGCGGUUGCGCUACACGAUCCUUACUCAUCGUUUGACGUCCCGCAAGGCUUUUCUGUCCCAUUUGGUUUCCAGCCUUCUCAUAUUUCUGCACCAAGUCCCGGAGCGUCGUCGAGUUCUAGUGCUCAAAGCACAUGGGGUGAUUUCAGCCCGGGCGGCUGGUGGGUUCAAGAAGAGCCUCCAAUACAAAUUGUACUAGAAUCUUUGGACAAGAUCUUACUUUACGCGGACGAACUUGGGUUUUUCCUCCAUAUCCCGCGCGUACGCAACACGCUUGUGACCGCUUCUUCCCGCGGUAUUCCGAUUGCGUUACAAAACACCAUUAUCCUAUUAUGUCUCCACAUCACGAAUACGAAGCAAUCCGCCUUCGAGCUGACAGUGCUAUCAAGAUGUUUGCGUCAACUGGCUGAUAUCAUCCCUUCCUGCAGCGCGAGUACUCGAGAUUUGCUGGAUGUCCUCCAAACAGAAGUCCUCCUUACAUACUACCUGUUCCGGGUCGGACGAACUGUCGAGGCGAAGUACCAUUCAGGCGCGGCGGCCAGUCUUGUUCUGGCAUUCCGACUUCAUUCUUCUUCUGAAGGAGAGCAAAAUACACCUGCGGAUAUGCAGUCUGUGGCAUUCGAUAUAUUUGGGACCACCCUUCCAAAUGUAGUCGACGAUAUAGAGCAGACAGAAGCCAAUCAUGCAUUCUGGAACGUCUUCACUUGGGACAAGAGUGUGUCCGCCGUGCUGGGGGUUCCGCCUAGCAUCGGUAGAUCUAUUAGGGUAUCUGUCCCUUGGCCUAGAAAAAUGCGGGAGGUUGACUCUUUCGAUCAAGAUAUCCACCUCACAAGCCGUGGGCAGGAAAUCGGACUUCAAGUGGACACCGUACAACAGUUCCUUGUUGAUGGACAGAGUGAAAAGGGAGACUUCGACUCUGCACUUGCCUUUCACGCAAAAGCAGCUGUGCUCCUUGACGAGGUGAACAAUUUAGUUGAACAACACAUAUCAGAUUCACGGUUCCAAGAAACACAUUCAUUCCGAGCACAAUUUGCGUCACUCGACGCACUCAUACAACACCUACAAGCAUCCAUUCCGUCUAAUCCAUCCUUGACAACUGAGGCGUCACCAUCGUCCUCGCGAUUGAGUCUUACUCCUUCGUCACCUCAUCUUGCUUAUCCCCGUUCAUUUUGCAUACAAUCCCUUCUAUCUCUCGCUACCAUCCGGUUGCACAGCCCCUUCCGCGAAUCCUAUACCUUAUCGAAUGCCAAAAUCGUCACCGCGGCAGUGCUCAUAGCGCGUGCCCUACAGUGCGUGAACGUAAAUACACUGCAGUAUUUUGAUCCUGUCCUCAUAAUAUGGAUAAAAGCUUCCUUCGUGAUCCAUGCGGAAAUCACACGUUUACGUGGCAUAAAGGCCUGGCCAACUCAAUUCCCCGUACGCGGCGAAGGACUUGUGCAGGCCCUAAGGACGAUGUUAGGUGUAUUAAGGGACAUUGCAGACCAUUGUCCUGUACUCGCACUGCGGACAAGAUUAGAAACUGUAUUAACCCUUCUCGACUUUGGUACUCAAUGA